AUAAAGAUCUUGAUAAUGAAUCGAUAAUUGAGUUGGAUAAUUUUGAUGAAUAUUUAAUGCAAAUAUAUGAUAUAAAAAAUAAAGAUCAGGAAAAUAAACUAUCAAAAUUCAAAUUUUCUUAUACUGUAAAUAUUUCUGCAAUAGAUGGAAACUCUAAAGAUCAAGCUGAUUAUAUUAUUAAUGCAAUAUCCAAUAUAGAUGAUUAUGUAUGGAUGUAA